AUGGCAUCCGGUGCUAAACUGCCGGCGGGCUAUAAAUGGCGUUCGUCCCAAACCUUGAUAGUAAGCACGGCUUGUUUUGCCUUGUUCACUGAGGUACUGCUUUAUGGCUUCGUGGUGCCGAUUUUGCCGUACAUGCUCGAGAAUCGCUUGCAUAAACAUCCCUCACAGACGCAGCGCUUGACAACAGAGCUGUUGAGUAUCCAUGGAUUCUCCACUGUGGUAUCUGCUCCUAUACUUGCCCAUUUCAUUGACAAGACUCCGAGUCGAAGGUCUCCCCUUCUUCUCUCUCUUGUCGUGACUUUGGGGGGAACUGCUCUUGUUGCAUUAACGCCGAGUUACUGGGCACUCGUUCUGGGUCGAGUUCUUCAAGGAGUCACAGGGGCCGCGGUAUGGAUUAUUUGUCUGGCCGUUCUAGUCGAAAGCUCCGGCGCCGGAAAUAUGGGGAAGAUGAUGGGAUUAAGCAUGUCUAUUGUGAUGACAGGAACAAUAGGAGGACCUGUGAUUUCGGGAAGUACACUGGAGUUGAUUGGAUACUGGCCAACAUGGUACUUGCCCAUGGGAUUUUUGGCGCUUGACAUUAUCGCAUGGAUAGGUUUAAUUGAGCCACAGCUGGAAUCGGAAUCCGAUAAGGCCCUUGUCCGAGAUGAGCCACCAGAACACCAUGGAGCCAGUAUCACUGAGGAGAUUCACUCAGUGAACUCUCCACUUCUCUCGCCAAUCAUUCAGACAGACUCCAAAGAUGACCAAAUCCAGGAGGUCCUACCACCAUCCAACUUUUACUAUAUAAUGCUUACAGAUGUCCGUGUUCUUGUCAGUCUCGGGAGUGUUGUGAUGACCUCCGCCAUCACUGCCGGAUUCAAUGCGACAUUACCGGUUCACCUCCGAGAUAUCUUCGAAUGGGGACCGUUGGAUGUCGGAACGAUGUUUUUAAUCCUUCGUCUUCCGGGUAUAAUCCUGGGACCGCUCUCAGGCUGGCUUCGAGAUAUCGUUGGCCUUCGGUACCCGACCAUGAUCGGUUGGAUUAUACUUGCGCCCUUACUAGCUCUCAUGGGUAUUCCUGGAAAUGGGCUCUUCUGGGCCAGUGCUGAAGGGUAUGGGAAGCCUAUUUUUGUGUCUUCUAUAGUUGGGAUAGGAGCUGCGCUACCCUUGAUCCAGGGCUCAGGUAUACUGCAUAUGAUGAUUAUUUUGGAGGAGCUUGAAUCUAAGCAACAUAACAUAUUUGGUGCACAUGGUGGGCGAUCGAGGGCCUUUGGCAUGAAUGAGGUCGCAUUUAACCUGGGACUGAUGGUAGGCCCUCUUUCAGGGCUCCUGUCCGAGAAGAUUGGGUUUGACAAUAUGAGUAUUAUUCUGGCUUGCAUUAGCCUUGCUGUUGGCCUGGCAUGUGGUCGCUUCUUCACAGCAGGACUUCAACCAACCAACGGUGAGACAACAGUAUGA